AUGCGUCUACCGGUACAUGUACGUUUCAUGGCGGUGGCAGUUGCAGUGGUAUAUUUCACGCAAUGCGCUGCCACUGAUCAAGCUCACCAAGCUCCCAAUCGUCUGCUACGGAACUACGACGGUGCUGACACUGAAGAAAGAGCCCCAGGCGUCGUCGGUAAAUGGCACUGGGGGCCCUUUUCCAGUGCAACGUGGGAGAGAAUGUUGACAAACGAGGAGUAUCAACGUAAGAUGUUCGUGAAGUGGAACAAAUAUAAAGUGGACAAGAUCAGGGAAGAGAUUGGAGAGGAUGUUAUACGGGGGAACAGUAAGCUUGCUGAGAUGAUUGUGAAACAUGUCCAGACGCGUAACUACGACUAG